CAUUUAUAAAUCAUCUAUAGUUCACUUCUUCUCUAAGCAUCAACAACCCACAAAUCAAUAUUCAGAGUGCAAGUCUUGCUUGGUGACUUCAGGAUGUCGAACGAAGCUUUACAAAGUCUAAGUCUGAAGGUGCUGGUGGAAAAAGAGAAAACUCUAGUUGUUUUUGCCGAGUCCAAUGAGGAUUUUGUUGAUGUUCUCUUCAGCUUCAUGACUAUGCCGAUUGGAACCAUUAUCAGACUUGGCCACGAACACUCGCUAGAAGUGGACUUUGGUUGUUUGAACAACUUAUAUGAAAGUGUUGAGAAUCUUGAUGAGGAACUUCUACAAAGUGUAAAGUGCAAGGACUUGCUGCUUUGUCCUCGAAGUGCUGCUGAAAUUUACUGCAGGAACCUAAAAUUUAAUUUUGUUAAUAGUGAUACUAAUGUGUACUAUGCCUGCAGAGACGGUCACUAUCUUGGUCCUUACUUCAAUGCUCGUUGUGAUUGUGGACAGUCCAUUUGUUACGCGUAUAAAAUCAAUGAUUUUGAACGCACCGCAUCUCAAAAAUCUCACCGGAUUGAGACUAAAAAUAGUUUUAUGGACCCGAUCCUCUCAGUUGACAGGGAUUCUGGGUCUGGGUCCCUGUCAGAUGACGGGGAUUUUGGGUUUGUGAGACGUACCGCAAGGCAGCCCCAUCUGGUUCUGCCCCGGUCUCUGGUUCCGCCCGUGUCUCUACCUCAAGGUGGAGGGGUGUUUGUGAAACCUACCGCGAGGUUUUUGAUAACUGAUGACUUUCAUGUAAAGCCCAUGUCUACUAUGACAGGCUUGACCCUGCUUAGUAAGUUAGGAGCUACUGAUAGAAGCACAAGAGAAGAAAGGGCUAUAAGCAUAGGAAGGGAUAAGGUAGUGAAAUUGCUCAUGCGAUCAUUAACAUCAAGGGCACCCUUCUCGGAGACCAUCCUGGAACCAGACGUUGACAGAAGAAAUUUUGGCAGUUUCGACAAAAGAUAUGGUCCACGAAGCAUGAAUCAAUCUCAAAGGGCUGUUGACGCAACAAAAAAUGAAACAAAUAUAACUUUUAAGCUCAUCGUCCACAAAUCUAAUAACAGGGCAUUGUUUGUAGAAGCAAAAGAGGAUUUUGUUGAUCUUAUUGGCAGUUUCCUAACAUUUCCACUUGGUUAUGUCUUUGAAAAAUUUUCAUGCUUGUCCUUGAGGGGAUGCUUGGGUAAUCUGUACAAGAGCAUCCAAGAUCUUGAUUGUGAGAGAUUCUUAAAAUCUGAGGACAUGAAGGCCAAAUUGGUCAAUCCAAAGCUGCCCCCUGGUCUUGUUUUGGAUAAGCAGCUCAUUCCCAUCAAGGAAGCUUCAUAUCCAUCUUUGUCUACUGCUAAAUCCCUUUUGGUUUGCUCUUCCUUGUCUUCCCACAAAGGGGAAAAAAUAAUUGGCAAGGGAUUCAUUAGGGGACCUUCGAACUUCAUGGUGACAGACGAUUUGACCAUAACGCCUUUAUCUCCAAUCUCAGGCAUAUCUUUUAUCGACAGAUUGAAUAUCCCUCACAGUGACAUUUUUGAGCAAGAAAUGACCAUGGGUGAAGAGGAGGCCUUGCGUCUAUUGGAGGCUGCUUUGGUGUCGAAAACUGCUUUGACUGACACUUUCAUACUUACGGAAUCAAAGCUGAAGCUCUAUGGGAAUUCACACAUGAUUGGAAAAGAAACUCUACAACAAUGCAAUGUUGAAUGAACCUGGUGUCAAAUAUUUUUUUUUUAAUGUCAUCUAUGUCAAUUGCUUUCUUUGUAUUUUUAGUGUUUGUAUAUGUUCUCAACUAUUGACUCAAAUAUCAGUUAAUAUCAGUUGUAAUAAAGCUAUGCUGUUUUGUUUUGGUCACAAUUGUGGUAGU